AUGGACAGUGCGCAAGGCGACUCGAAUGCACGCGGGAUCCCCACCGCACCGUUUGUGACGGAUGUCGCUGAAUUUAUUGGCGGGGCUGAUAAGGAUGUCAUGCCGACCCUUCAGCAGUUCCAAGACGCGAUCUCCAAGUACAAGUUUAUGGAAAUGAGCACGGCACAGCGCAGAAAAGGACUGGAGCAGAAAAUCCCCGAUAUUUCCAAGACAUUGCAGAUGGUCGAGUUCCUGAAAACACGAAAGGAACACCCUGAUCCGACAGAAGUGACAUUCGAGUUGAAUGAUACUCUUUUCGCUCGUGCGGAGCUGGAUCCCGUGGAUCGUGUGCACUUGUGGCUGGGUGCCAACGUCAUGCUUUCGUACGAAAUUGACGAAGCAAUCUCGCUCCUAAAAGACAAACUGGACACGGCGAAGAAGAACUUGGACUUGGCCAACAAGGACCUGGGCUUCCUCCGUGAUCAAAUUACGACCAUGGAAGUGAACACAGCUCGCGUGCACAACUGGGACGUGAAGCGGCGUCGUGAAUUGUAG